UAAGGGGCAAAGUUUUUUGCCAUAUUUCUCUUUCUUUUGCUUAAAAAAUGAGAGAAACACUAGAGAGAUCAAAUCCGAAUUCAAAAGAACAAGAAAUUCUCAAAAAAUGUGUCACUUUCUGCACCAACUACAGUUUCACUCCUUCCGAUCUCGUCUCAAGCUGGGAAGUUCAUUACCUCAAUAGACAGUUGAAUGAACCAGUUGUAGAGAGUACCGAAAUUGAUGGCUUUCUGUUGCAGCUGCAAAAUGAUAAGAAAGAGGACAGUGUAAAAGAAAGGGAAGAAGGUGACUUGCAUAUGUACUCUAUCGGAGAUGUAGAAAUGCAGGUAAAUAAUGAUGAUGAUACAAAGGACGAUACUCCUGGAACUCCAAUCAAUCACCAUAAUGAUCUUUUAUCUCCUGAUCCAACAUCAUUAACUGAUCCAACAUCAUUAACUGAUCCAACAUCAUUAAUGGAUGAGAAUGUUUUAUCUUCUGCGAAAGCAUCAAAAUCAAAAACUAAUAACACCCUUUUCAAAGCAAAUAGAUAAGUUUUCAGUGAAAUUUAACAUCAACACUCUCCUAGGAAGAAAUUCUAGUUGCAAAGUAGAGAUUCUGGAAGUUUUCCAGGAACCAUCCGAUCAAGAUA